CCCUCUUUUCCUUCCACUCAGCAUUGCUCACCAGCUUACACCUCAAAAAUUUGCAGAAAGAGUUUGAAUUUGAUUGAUCAAAAUUAUGAGAGGGGUAGCCGUUUUGUUGUCGGUGCUGUUGUUUGCCACUUGCCACUCAGCCUUCUCCCUCAUCGAUGGUUACUUAGAAAAUGGCAAUUUUGAGCUACCCCCUAAGCCCUCAGACAUAAAGGGUUCAGAAGUGAUCGGCCGAUAUGCCAUACCAAAGUGGGAGAUUUCUGGGUUUGUGGAAUACAUUAAGUCAGGCCAAAAGCAAGGGGACAUGUUGCUGGUUGUCCCCGAGGGAGCCUACGCAGUUAGGCUCGGAAAUGAGGCCUCGAUUAAGCAGAGCAUUAAAGUGACUAAGGGGUUGUACUACUCAAUCACUUUUAGUGCAGCGAGGACUUGUGCUCAAGAGGAACGUUUGAACGUUUCUGUGGCACCGGACUCCGGAGUGCUGCCUAUCCAAACAGUGUAUAGCAGCAACGGGUGGGAUUCAUAUGCUUGGGCGUUUCAGGCGGAUUAUGAAACAGUUGAGCUUGUUUUGCAUAACCCCGGAGUCGAGGAGGAUCCGGCUUGCGGGCCUCUGAUCGAUUCGGUCGCCAUCCGAACUUUGUACCCUCCUCGAGCAACCAACAAGAACUUGUUAAAAAACGCUGGAUUUGAAGAAGGACCAUACGUGUUCCCCAACACAUCUUGGGGAGUCUUGAUCCCACCAAACAUAGAAGAUGAUCACUCCCCGUUACCAGGCUGGAUGGUGGAGUCCCUCAAAGCAGUGAAGUACAUAGACUCAGACCACUUCUCAGUCCCAGAAGGCAAAAGAGCGGUCGAACUUGUGGCCGGAAAAGAAAGCGCGAUCGCCCAAGUCGUUCGAACCAUCCCCGGCAAGACCUAUGUGCUCUCAUUCUCCGUAGGAGAUGCAAGCAACUCAUGCGAAGGCUCCAUGAUUGUGGAGGCAUUUGCAGACAAGAACACGGUGAAAGUGCCUUACGAGUCCAAAGGCAAAGGCGGGUUCAAGCGGGCGGUGCUCAAAUUCGUGGCGGCUUCGACCCGGACACGUGUCAUGUUUCUAAGCACAUAUUACACCAUGAGGAGUGAUGACUUCUCUUCUCUGUGUGGACCUGUGGUUGAUGACGUGAAGCUGUUGAGCCUUCGGAAACCCUAGACAGUGAGGGCAAAUUUGGUAAAUGCAAAUUGGCUUGGAGCUAGGGUUUGAAUUCAGUUUAUGAACGUGAGGAAAUGAGACCGUAUAUUUAUGAUAUACAAUGAGGUCGCUUAAUUUGGGUUAUGUUAUGAAGAUGAUGAUGAACUUUUGGUUCAUUUUAUGAGUGCUUUUUAAAGAAGAGAAGAGGCGGGAUUAGUGUGAGUUUAAACAUAUAUGUAUGUAUACUAAUGGGGAAUAAUAGUGUAUAAUAAUAGUUUGAUUUUUAUCAAUGGUUAUGUACUUUCAUGAGCAAAAUAAAUGGGAAUACAUGAUAUUAGUUA